GAUGGGAUAUUGCAGCUGCUGCGAACCGACCAGUCAGGCGCUGGCGGUCGUCUAUAUCCAGUGUCCAGGCCGGAGACCGCCGGUCAUACGUAAGCUUGUGAAGAGAGCGACCGCGUGCAUGUGUCGACCGUGUCAGACUCACAUCAGCCUGGACAUGAUGCGACGUCUAAUGAGCGAGAUGAAUCAGAAUUCAAAGCAGAAGCGUUCCCACGGGCAGUAUCGCUUUAUCGCCGACGGAAAACUGUCUGCGUCGAUAAACAACAAGGUGUCGCCAUCUGGUGACGAUGUUUUCUUCGCUGACGUCGACAAGCUUCUAAUACAGAUGAACGGCACUAUAGAUGACGUGGGCGUCACUCGCAUGAUGACAGACGACGUAGAAUCGCUCCUCGAAAAGCAGUUGAAAGAUAAACUUAUGUCGUCAGAAGCUAACCACAGCUGGAUAGAUUACCCGCGUACUGUGCUCCCGUACGAGGAGUGGAAAGAAGAGAUCAUCUGGGGGUUCGAACGUCCGAUGUUCCCGGAAUGGAUCGAGCCAUCGAUGGAGUCCUUAUAGAAGAACGUAACAUGCAAUGAUCACGAGAAUGAUGUCGAUGGCGCUGAUGAGGGCGAUGUACGAAUUAACGCCGACGACGAUGACGAUGACGACGACGAUGACGAUGACG